AUGCACGUCGAGUUAAGCUGCGCCUGCGUCGCCAAGACAGUGCGCGGUAGACCACGGCGCAUACCACACGUUCGCCUACAAAACCUUCUACUUCGACCUUACAGUUUGACAAUCACUUAGUAACGACAAUUAUUACCGACGCUACACAACGGCGAUGUAAUUCUAGCACUUAUUCAAAUCAAUUAAACUUAACAUUCCUAAUUUUUACAGUGAUAUUUAGUGAUAUUUUUAGUGGUAAUAGAAAAUGGAGUUAGUAAAAUACGUAUUAAUUUUCGCAUUUUUCUGCAAUGGAAAUGCAGAACUUGACACCUUAGCUGGAGGAGAAAAGAGUAAUUACACAUUUCCAAAAGACUUCGUGUUUGGUGUGUCUACUGCAGCUGUGCAAAUUGAAGGCGCUUGGGACGAAGAUGGUAAAUCGCCAAGUAUAUGGGAUCAUUUAGUGCAUACUAACAAAACAUUCGUCCGAGACGGGUCAACGGCAGACGUCGCCGCAAACUCCUACCAUUUGUACAAGAGAGACGCCGAAAUGGUACACGAGUUAGGAGUCAACAUCUACCGAUUCUCUAUUUCAUGGCCAAGAGUACUACCCACUGGAUUUGUCAAUAAUAUAAAUCCACUCGGAAUAGCGUAUUACGAUAACCUCAUAAACGAAUUGUUAAGAUACAACAUAACGCCGAUGGUUACUAUUUACCAUUGGGAUUUGCCCCAGAAAAUUCAGGAUAUAGGAGGUUGGACUAACUCUCUCAUCGUCGAUUAUUAUACAGACUAUGCUAAUGUUCUAUUCAAGCAUUUUGCUCACAAAGUGAAGUAUUGGGUGACGUUCAACGAACCCAUGCAGACUUGCCUGGAAGGCUAUGGAGGAACCUACAGGGCGCCAGCAUUGAAUCGCCACGGCAUCGCGGAAUACCUUUGCACGCAUAACCUUCUAAAGGCUCAUGCUAAUGUGUAUCAUAUGUUCAAGACUCACUACAACGAGACUGGAGGCAAGCUGGGAAUGUCAUUGGAUUCAAAUUGGGCUGAACCCAGAUCCAAUACAGCCAGAGAUCGUGAAGCUGUAGAGGUUUAUUUAAGCACACAUAUGGGCUGGUACGCGCAUCCGGUAUACUCCCCCUCAGGCAACUAUCCUCCCCAAUUGAUAGACUUAGUGAAUGCCAAGAGCAAAAAGCAGAAUUACACCCGGUCCAGAUUGCCAGAGUUCACAAAAGAAGAGGUGGAUUUCAUUAGAGGAACAGCUGAUUUCUUCGGCCUCAACCACUAUACUACUUACCUGCUUUCAAUGGCUGAUAAGGAAGUUGGUGCUAUACCAUCUCAUGAGAAUGACGUUGGUGUAGUCAGGGUGCAGGAUCCAUCGUGGCCGUCUAUGUCUUCUUCGUCUUGGCUCAAGGUGGUACCGUCAGGUUUCCGAAGACUCCUCAACUACAUAACCAAGAAGUAUCCUGGUUACCCCAUCAUCGUCACGGAGAACGGUUACGCAGACUACAGCGGCUUGGACGACACAGCUCGAGUGUCUUACUACAGCCAUUACCUGAAUGCCCUUCUACAUGCUAUCCACGAAGACCACAGCAAUGUGAGCGGGUACUUCGCCUGGAGUCUUAUGGACAACUUCGAGUGGGAUGAUGGUUACGUGUCCCGCUUUGGUCUGUACCUGGUUGAUUUCAAGAGUCCCAACAAGACGCGGACGCCCAAGCAGUCAGCCAAGCUGUAUACAGAGGUGAUAGCGUCCAGGCGUCUCCCCGAAGACUAUAACCCUCACGAUUUCUCUGCCUUCUCAUCGGCUUCCGCCCUUGCACCCAGCCUGCUUCCUUUCAUUUUGUACAGACUACUUCACUGACCGGUCUCGUACAUUCAAUACUUUUGUAUAUAAAACUGUCUAAAUUAUACGUUAAGUAAUA